AUCAGCUCCUCCUCUUUCUCUCUCUCAGACUUCAAGCGAGACGAAGCCGUUGCCGUUCGGAAUAGAGAGUGCGGCCCAUCCGAAAUCGUCCACUGCUUCCUGCAUCGUACCCGCCAUUCUUUCGUCGAUUUCUCCAUGGGAAUUAGGGUUUUCUCUUUCGUGCUUGCUUUUCUCCUCCUCGGUUCUCCGAUCCUCCAAGUUGUAAGAAGUCAGGCUGAUAGCGCUGAGGAGGUAUCUGAAGUUGAAGGAGGUGAACUUGGAAUAGUUGGUGAUGAAGCGCAAGACUUCACUGAUGGUUCUUUAAGUCCAGCUCCUGGGGUGGACACAAUAUGUGUAUUUCCAAAGAAUCCAAAAAAAUUGGUUCCAGCAGGGGAAGAGACAGAAUUACUGGUUGGAAUGCAUAAUGAGGGAGAAUCCUCUUUGAAUGUCAUUGCUACGAGAGCUAGCCUUCAUCUUCCUUAUGAUCACCAUAUGCUUGUCCAAAAUCUUACCAUACAGGAGUUUUACAAUACCUCGGUGCCCUUAUCUGCUCAAGCAACAUUCCCUUAUAUUUUUGCUGUAAGCAAAUACUUGCAGCCUGGAUCAUUUGAUUUAGUAGGGACCAUUGUGUAUGAGAUUGAUCAACACCUUUACCAGAAUGUCUUUUAUAAUGGUACAAUUGAAGUUGUGGAGGCUAGUGGUUUUAUCACGAUUGAAUCUGUCUUUCUUGUAACCCUUGGGGCUGCAUUGAUUGGACUUUUGGGCUUAUGGGCAUAUGGUCGGAUACAGAGCUUGUCAAAGAAAUCGAAGAAGGCACCAAAGGUAGAAGUUGGCACUGCUACAACCAAGGAUGACAUGAAUGAGUGGUUACAGGGAACUGCUUAUGCUCAUUCGCUCUCCAGCAAGUCAAAGAAGAAGAAAUAAACGUUUGUAGGCGAUUCUGCUGGGGGAAUAUGCCUUCGGCACUCAGGAGCAGUAGCUGACCUCACAUUGUAAGAUUAGUGUUUUGAAAGUUGAUUUCUUCCCUCUUGAAUUUUAAAAACUCCGAAGGAAAAGUUUUGUUUGGCACUAUAGCUUCUGUUGUACUUAAAGCUGCUUCUUUUGAUGCAGAAAUGGUUUAAUUCAUAAAUUUUGUAACAAUUUUUAUAUCUUCAGGUCGAGUUAUUUGCUUUA